GUUACACUACAACUGCUUGAAGUAACCUCCUUCGAUCGGUAGAGGUCGCCAUACUAAGAAAGGAAGUGGCUUUUUCUUCCUUCCAGUGUCUCCAAAUCGCGUAUAAACUAUGGUAGAUUACAGCAAAUGGGAUCAUAUUGAGGUAAGUGAUGAUGAAGAUGACACACACCCUAAUAUUGAUACACCAAGCCUGUUUAGAUGGCGUCACCAAGCCAGAGUGGAAAGAAUGGAGGAAGCAAAGAAGGAAAGAGAAACUGUUGAUACAAAGAUUUCAGAACAAAAAAAGAGGCUUGAACAGGCCAGAGAAAAACUCAAAGCUGCAGAAACAGCGAAGGACAAAGAUAAAGAAGAUAAAUUUCGAGGAGAAUUAGGGCAAUUGGAGAAAAAGAUGAAAGAGCUAAAAAAGGAAGAUGAAGAAUUGACCAAGAAAGAAAAGAAAGCUCCCAAAAAUGUUGACACCUUGAGUCAUGCUGGAUUCACUAGAACGAUUAUCAAUGCUCCAAAGAAACUGGAUGAAGAUUUGACGGAAGAGGAGAAGUUAGACAGAUCGCAAGCUUUUAUGGAGAAGUACAAGAAAGAAAUUGAACAUUUUGGAAUGUUGCUUGAAUAUCAUGACAGUGAAGAUUACCUUCGCAAAAACCCUCACUUGGCUUGUGAGGACACUGCCAACUACCUGGCUUUGUGGUGCAUCAAUUUGGAAGUUCAAGAGAAACAUGCCCUGAUGGAGCGAGUUGCACAUCAGACUAUUAUCAUGCAGUAUAUUCUGGAGCUAGCUAAGUCGCUAGAUGCCAGUCCACCAGCCACUAUUCCCAGCUUUUUCACUAAGAUGAAGAAAGCAAAAGUAGAGUUUAAGGAAUACAUGGAUGCAUUUGAUGACGAGCUUAAGUCAUUCUUGCAAAGAGUAAAGGAAAGAGCUCAAGCCAGGAUUGAGAAGGCUAUGAAGGAAGCCGAAGAGGAGGAUCGCCAACAGAGACUUGGUCCUGGGGGACUGGAUCCAGUGGAAGUGUUUGAAUCAUUACCCUCAGAACUUCAGAAAUGCUUUGAAGAAAAAGAUAUACCCAUGCUGCAAGAAGUUCUCGGAAAAAUGCCAGAAGAGGAAGCCAGGACUUACCUGAAACAAUGCAUUGACUCUGGUCUGUGGAUUCCGGAUGCCAACAAGGCUCAAGCUCAGGGAAGAGAAGAGGCUUGCGCCCAGGAGGAGUACGAAGAAGAACAUUACGAAAGUCUGUCAGAGGAAAGCGACAAAUAAAUCCUCUGGGUGCAUCUUUUCGAAUUGUGCUCGAUAUUUCGUGCUUUUAUAUUAAACGUUCCGGCGUUUGACGCUUAAAGAGAAAAAAUCGAAGAAAGAAAAAAAUAUGUAACAUGUGGUUGUUUUAACUUGGCCAUAUCCAGUAGGAGAAUAGCUAGGUUUAUCAACAACUGGUGUCCCAGAAAGAGUUAUCAAAUGACACCUGAGUCUCAGUUCAUGUUGAAUGAAAGAAAGGAGACCUGAGGGGAAACACCUUCUCUACUUUACAUGUACUGCUCUGAAAGUAGAAAACUUGUACAACGUAAACAAACGGAAACUGUAUCGUGAAACUGGGAACUAUACAUUUAACUAGCCCUACAGAGAAUUUCUAGCUUGAUUAUUUGCUACUCACUAGGUUGCAACCACAUUAAUAGCGAUGAGCUUACAACUGGAAAUACUUUCAGAACUCUAAUGAAAGACGAGGACACCAGUUUGUGUAGUCUAAAUGUCCCAGCGAUAAAUAAAGUUCUGAUUGUUCUCAGCCAUUA